AUGUCGACCGCCAAAGCGAGUAACAAGAAGCGCAGGACCGAGCCUCAGCUCGCCAAAUCGGAUCACCUCGAUCUCGAUCUCGACCUCUCCAAUGAUAUCAAAGGAAUUAUGUCGGCACUGCACCAGAUCCGAGAGAAAGCUCACAAGGACGGGCUUAAGAAGAACGAGGAGACCAUAUCAAGUGUGGCUGCUGAGGUCAGGUCUGUGAUUGAUGAACUGAAGUCUAAACUUGAGAAGGAUAGACAAAGUUUCGCUAAAUCUCUUUCGAAGAGCUCAAAAGAGUGUGAGAAUUGCUUGAAGACUGAAACUGCCAAGUUCCAAGCACUCUAUGAGAAGUUUUGCAAGGACCAAGCCAACCAUCUACAGGCCUUGAAAGGCAUCAUUUCCAACUAUGAAGAAGAGAAGGAAAGGCUCUGCACAAGAUAUGAACAACUGAGAAAGAAAGAAAGGAGUCUGAUAUCUGAGCAUGAGAAAGCUUGUACUGAUCAAAUUGCUAAACUAGAAGAGUCAUUGAAAAAGAAGAAGCAGGAUGACAGAACUUUCAGCGUUCUGAGAAAGACUCUUGGCUCAUUUCUGGAGAGUGACGAGGACAUCCCGGCUGAUGAUUGA